AGAUUGCCAAAAUCACAUGAUUGGUGUGAUUUUAAUGCAGUUACACCGGUAAAAAAUCAAGGAAAUUGUGGAUCAUGCUGGGCAUUCAGUGUGACUGGAAAUGUUGAGGGAUUGAAUGCAAUCAAAACAGGACAGUUGAAUUCAUUCUCCGAACAAGAACUUGUCGACUGUGAUGAUCUAGAUGCUGGCUGCAACGGCGGUUUGCCAGACAAUGCUGUUAAAUUUAUCGAAAAAUAAGGUGUUCUGGAAUUGGAGUCAGAUUAUCCAUACACCGCACAUCGAUCAAAAUCAUGCCAAUUCAAUGCGUCAAAGAGUCGUGUUCAAGUAUCGGUUGUCGUCUAUUGUGUUGCCGAUUAUCCAGCAUUCAACAAAACGAUGCCAUAUUGGAUCAUCAAAUAUAGCUGGGGUCCACGUUGGGGCGAAUAAGGCUACUAUCGUGUUCAUCGUGGCGAUAAUACUUGUGGUGCAGGAGGCUGCAACAUUGACUUCUUUCCAUACUAA